AACCCUCUCUCAUAUAAUUUCCUAUCUCUCUCACAAAACGCACACAAAUACACAAACAAACGGUGGCCGCGACACACAGAGAGAGAGGGAGAGGAAUCGGAUUUCAUUAAUCUCAUCUGGAUCGAUCAUGUCGUCCUCCGGCGCCGGCAGGUACAUGGCUUUCCCGCCGUCGCCGUCAGCCCCUCUCUCACCUCACCUCUCCGGUCUUCGCUCUGCUACCUCCACCGUUUUCGUUGAACAGGACAAAUAUCUAACCGAGUUAUUGGGGGAACGUCUCAAGCUUAAUCCCUUCAUUGCUGUGCUUCCACACAGCUAUCGAUUGUUAAACCAAGAAAUUUUGCGUGUAACCACGCUGUUGGGAAAAGCAUCAGUUUUAGGUCAAAGUGGGCUUGAACAUGCUAGCCCCCUGCCUACUGGAGGAAUAUUUUCAAAUGGAGGUGCCGAUGUGAACGGAUGGGCAUCACGAUUUCAACCAGAAAUGCCAGGCCUAUUACAGUCCUCAUCAACACAAAACUGGCUGAGCGCACAAGGCAGCUCGUCUGGUCUUAUUGUUAAAAAGACAAUGAGAGUGGAUAUACCUGUCGGUGCAUUUCCUAAUUAUAACUUUGUUGGUCGCCUCCUAGGCCCUAGAGGAAACUCUCUAAAGCGUGUAGAAGCAAGUACUGAGUGUCGUGUCUUGAUCAGGGGACGUGGUAGCAUUAAGGAUCCAAUUAGGGAGGAAAUGAUGAGAGGGAAACCUGGGUAUGAGCAUCUCAAUGAACCUCUUCAUAUCCUAGUUGAGGCAGAAUUACCAGUUGAAAUAGUAGAUGCUCGCUUGAUGCAGGCACGUGAAAUACUUGAAGAUUUACUUAAGCCUGUGGAUGAAUCUCAGGAUUUCUACAAGAAGCAGCAGCUUCGGGAACUAGCGCUGCUAAAUGGCACUCUUCGUGAGGAGGGUUCUCCUAUGUCUGGUUCUGUUUCACCUUUCCACAACAGCCUUGGUAUGAAGAGGGCCAAGACCAGGGGGUAAUGUGUGCUAAAGGGUGAGAGGGCUUUUGGAGCUUGUGUUAAUUUUCUACAACAGCAUGCAACAUGUGAUGCUGUAAGCUAAUGGCCUAAACUGCCAUCGGGGCACUGGCACCAUAGUGUAGCCAGUUUCUAACUUGUUCUAUGUGCAGUGUGUUUACAUUCAGUUUGGGGGAGGUUUAAAGAUGGGUAGCACGUAGUAAAGGUCCACUUGAGUUUGGUGAAUUUGCUUUUUGGUGUUGGUUUGGCGGUUUGGUUAGAUAUUCACCAAAUCUGUUUAAUAUCUGUGGGUUAUAUUUUAAGCUUGCAAUUACAAUUUUGACAUAGUUUUGGAAUUCUGUGAGGAAGAUAAUGCAAGUGGUUUGUACCCAGAUUGUGAGGCAGAUGACAUCUAUUACUUCAAUGCGUGUAUUGGUGACAUAUUUUGGACUCAGAUGUAGAUGAUAUAUCUGUGUAAAUGCUGUUUUUUU